AGCGUGUGUGCGCAGUGCCGCUCCCCGUCCAGCCUGCAGCUCAGUGUGUGUGUUUUGUUGAGGAUGUGUGAAGUGGAGGCUGUGGACCUCACACGAGCUCUUCUGCAGUCAUGAAGACACACUGAGCGCCAGCAACAGGUCUGACAGAAUGACACACAAAUGAAGGCGUCUGUCCAUGCCACAUUCAUGAUGACAGGGCUCACUGGGGAACAUGUGUAGCGUUCACUACGAUCACAGUCUGACGGCCAUGAGCAGCAGUGACAUCAUGGCUCACUCUCUGAGUCUGGAGCAGAAGACUGCGUUCGCGUUCGUGGGCAUGCUGCUGGUGUUUCUGGGGCUCUUGGUCAUCAGGUGUUUCAGGAUUCUGUUGGAUCCGUACAGCAGUAUGCCCUCAUCCAGCUGGGGCGAUGGACUCGAGGGGCUGGAGAAAGGGGCUUUUGAAUACACCCUGACCUGAGACACGCCCCACAGUCACCACGCCCACCUGCUGGAUGUACACUGUGAACACAGACGUCCGGCCCGCUCUCAUGACCGUGUGCUCCGGAGUAUGAUGUCAUCACAUUUAGCCAAUGAGCAUCUCAGGGAAGAUAGGCGAAGGAAAUCAAGAUGGCCGC